AUGUCCAUGUUCCGUUCGAAGAAGCUCGACCUUGGUGGUUUCGUCAACAUCAAGGUCAUCCGCGACCACACCAAACGCAAAGUCUUUGAGCAGAACGAGACCGAGAGGUUGGUGGAACAUAUGUUGCCGUCGUCUCUGCUACACAGUAAACUAAUUGAAUGUGAUUACAGACAAGCACUCCGCUACAUCAUCCGCAACACACUCCUUCCGCAACGCGCUCGCGCCCAGGCUCAAUUGCAGUUGUCGCAAAUGCACUGCUACACCCGCCCCACCCAAAUCAAGAACAGAUGUAUCGCUGGAGGCAAGGGAAGAGGUGUUUUCCGUGACUUCCGAAUGGCAAGAGUACGUUUGAUCCUGGAUGAUAAGAGAGCGCACGAGAGCACAAUACUAACGUCUCUUCUACAGUACCAAUUCCGUAUGCACGCUCUGGCUGGACAAUUGCCUGGUGUGAAGAAGGCCAGCUGGUAG